CAUAAUAAUCCCCUGUAUCUCUCCCUCUCUCUCUCUUCCGUAAUCCCCGCCUUUGAUAUUUUCCACCCUUCCAUAAUCGAUAUAUAUACACACACACUCACACGCGAAGCCACAGAGAGAAAGAGACAGGAUAGUUUGCUUCUUUCUUUUCUCUCUUUUUUGUGAAAAAAAAUGGCGCGAGAAUUGGACGAAUUGGGAUUCUGGCUUCCGUCGGAGAUUCUCACCGACGACGACCUUCUCACCGACUUCAAACCCGACCGCCUCAAAACCGCGAGGCUCGACGAUUUCCCCUACGGAUUUGGCGGUUUCAACUCGGAUCUGAGUUCACCCGCCGAGUUGGUCACGGAGACAGAGAGCGAGGACGACGACUUACUCCUCUCCCACUUGACUCGGAAGCUUUCUCAGUCUUCGCUACUCACCGACUAUGCUUCAAAGGGGUGGAAGGUGUGUGGUUCGCCGCAAUCGACUCUGUGCGGGUGCAAGCCCAGCCCGGCUGUCAGCCCGAACUCGGUGCACGGCUUCUGCUCGCCUCCGGAAGCGGAGGACUACAUGCGCCAGGAUUUCCUCCACGCGGCUGCGGAGGAGGUGGCGAGGAUGCGGAUGGUUGAGGAAACGGCGGCGUUUUACUCGUCCAAGCACUUCCCUGCGCAGGUCAAACCCCGCACCGCCGCCACCCCUGCCCCUCAGAUUUUCCCCAAUUCCGCCUCUGGUUUCUUCUACCCGAAUAAAGCUGGAUCCCAACCUUAUCUCUCCUCUCAGCUACUCCAAGCACCCAAGAUGAAGAAGAGUGAAGAAUACAUGAGCGGAAUUGGCGAGUUUCAGCUUCGGAACGGAAGGGGAAAUGUCGGAGAUGGAAGGACUCAAGUUACGCCCAUGGCGACUUGGCCGGGUUUGCAGCAAACCGGUUCUGGUAUGCGGCCGGCUUACCGCGCCGAACCCGGUCUAAAGAAGGAACGGACGGGAACCGGCGUUUUCCUGCCUCAGAGAUUCGGUUCACUCCCUGCUGAAAAUCGCAAGAAAUCAGUUCCUACAAAUGUUUUGGUGCCAGAAAAAGUGUUCCACGCGUUGAACAUCAACGUGGACGCCAUUGAUGCCCAGCUCCACCGCAACGCAAGUGAUUACGGAUCUUCGAAUUUCGAUCUCGACGCCGCAUUGAAGCACAGGAAAAAUCUGAUGAUGGCUCAACAGAGAAGAAUUCUCGCGGCGCAGCCUGCCAUGAAUCAACAACUUAGGCUGCCUCGAGAUUGGACUUACUGAAUCUUCAAUUAUCGCGGCGGAAUUUGGGGGUUAGGGUUAGCAGCAGUAGUAGGUGAAAUUCAGCAGUGAAGUAGAUGAUGAUGAUGAAAGGGAAAUAAAGUGGUUGAAAUAAAAUUUAAAAAUCUGAAUUAAUAGGUGAUAUUUUGUAGGUUUAUUUUGUGGUGGUUGCUUGCCGCCGGCGAGAUUGGCGGUGGAGUAUGACCGGUGAGCUGGAGUCUGGUUUUGGUUGUUACUCCACUCUCUAGCUGUGUUUUUCUGUUACUAAUUGAAAACUUCAAAUAUGAAUGAUAAUUAUGAUAUCAAAGAUUAUUAUUAUUGAGUUUA